AUGUUUAACGGAGAAAAAGGUUAUUUAGACGGUCUCGCGUCGAGAUACGCGGAUUUAUUCAACACUCAUUACGGCGACGUUUUGGAACAUUUGGAAGAACUCAGAAAGAAAGAAUGGAACGAACUCUCUCCGAGAAUAUACGUUUUACAACCUGGAACGACGGGAGGAGGAGUAGGAGUAGGAGGAGGAGGAUCUCCUGGAACUCCUCCCGGUACAUACAGUCCGACAAGACAAGUGAUGACCGCAGUUUCGUUACACGGUUUGACGACAUCGUUGAGUCAACCCAUAUACGUUCCUGGAAAAUAUUCGCCGUCCUCGUGUUUAAGUGAUAAGGAAGAAGAUGAAAUUUACGGGUUCGCAGGGUAUGGAGUCUACGGUAAGCAAAUGCUUCAAAGGCAACAGCAAAGAAAAUUAUUCGCUCAAAAUCAAACGGGGCACGCUCAAGGUUAUCAAACGUGUCUUAGUCCCAGAUCGGCUUAUUUUUACGAAUUUCCUCCGACGGAUCAAGCCAACACUCAAAAUUCUAAAAAGAGAACAACGUUUUCGAAAUUUCUAAGGGGAUUAAAAACCGUGCACCGUAAGGAAAAACACGGGUCGAGUUCUUCACGUCACGGGAGAGAUUCCAGAAAAUUAAAUUACGAUCAACUUAGAAUUCUACAAUUGAACGGUUCCGCAUCGAAUUUCGAAGAAACCAUUCAUAGGUUAAAAAUUCAAGACGCUUUGAAAAAAAAGGAAAGAUUUCAUAGAGAACACGAAGAGAUUUUAAAAGACAUUCGUGAAGGCCUUAAUCAACUUCGGAGAAGUUCCGACGACACGUACAUGUACGACGACGACGUCAGAGCUUUGGCUCCUCAUCAUUGGUACGACGAACCACCCUACGAAAGCGAUCCGGAAGAUUUUCUCAUGGGACUUGGAAAUUGUCAGCAAACUACUACCGCCACUACUACUACGGCUAAUCCUUCUGCCACGGCGACUCUUCAAAACGGAAGAAUUUGUUACACUCUCAAUCCGAGAUCGGAUCGGCAGAGAGAAGGAAUAAUAUCUCAUCCGUCGGCGGGUGACAUAUCGAUACCACGUGAUAACGGUUCGACUCCUCGAAGAGGUCUCAUACUUCCACAAUACGGGCCUUAUCCUCCGACUAUAAUUCCAUUGACACACGCGCGUUCGAGCAGAGAAAGCGGAGAUUAUGCGGGUACGGACGUUCAGAGUCUCAGUUCCAGAUUAUCGACUUUUAGCAUAGACACGACGAGAUCCGAACAGCAAGAUUAUUUUUAUCGUUUGUCGUCGUCGUCGUCGGUGAGAGGAAAACCUUGCAGCGAUCAAAGUUCCGAUUACGAAGAUCACGAUAUGUCACUUCCGCCCGGUGAUAGGUCGAUUUCAGGAGGAGGUUCCAACAGCGAGCCAAGGUAUAAGAAAUCACAAGACAAGGGGUUUUCAAGAUUGAAAGGAAAUUUACAUUCUGCAUCGUCUGGAGAAAGUUUACCAAGCGGAUCCGGUUCCAGCACUCAGGCUCUCAUGCGUGAAACAAGCGGUCACAGUUCGCUGUCGGCAGGUGACGAUCGUGACAAUUCGAGUCCGAUCGGUCCUGCUCCGCAGGGUGGUAACAUAGCCGUCGGACCGGUCAUAGCAAAAGCGAGAGCUUUGGUCGAUUGUUCUCCUAGUCACUACGACAGGGAAGCUUUAAGGUUUAAGAAAGGCGAUAUUAUCGACGUACUACAAAUGAAUCCGAGCGGAUUAUGGCAGGGAAUCGCCCACGGGAAAGCAGGGUUAUUUAAAUUCAUUAACGUAGAAUUAUUAAGUGAUAAAACCCUUAAGAGAUUGAAACAUUCGAAAAAUCAUCAUCAUCAUCAUCAUCAUCACCACCAUCAUCAUCAUCGUAGUCAUAAUAUUAAUAAUAAUAAUAAUAAUCACAGGAGAGGAAAACCUAAAUCCGUUGAAGAAUUAUUAAAGAGAAUAAGCAUGGAGGAACACACUUCCGUGUUUGUUUUGAACGGUUACGAAGACGUAGAACUUUUUCAAGAUUUAGAAAGUCAAGAUUUGGAUUAUUUAAACAUACGCGAUCCGGAACAUCGUGCCAAAAUAUUGACCGCCGUACAAUUGUUACACGAUUACGAUUGUAAGUUGAGCAAUUGUUUGUUGUUGUUGUUGUUGUCGAUGGGAAUCUACGAACCAAACGAUGAUAAAGAAGGUUCAAUUAGUAGUAGUAGCGGCGGAGAGAGAGAUAGCAGUAGCGGAGACGACGACGAUGUGGGAUCUCCGAGCGGUCGUACGAAGCAACAGUCGAAACAAGGUCCUUCGUCGCAGAAAAGUCUGAGAGAUUCGGGUUGUUUCGAAGAGGAUCAUCACCUAAAUAGUCAUCAGCCGAAAACCAAAGGAAAUCCAUCGAAAAUUUCCCAGGAAUCAUCGAACAAUCUCGAUUCCGUCGGUAAAAAUAUUUUUUUUUCGUCAGACGGAAGAAAAGGUAAUUCAUCAUCCGCGCGUAAACAUUUUGGAAAUUUAGGAAUGAUGGGUAGAAUGGGGGGAACGACGAACGAUGACGGAUGCGGCGGCGGCGGUGGAGACGACGACGAUUGUUCGGAAAACGUCGAAAUGAACGUUUUCAUAAAUCAUUCAAAAGUCAAUUAUCAGCCAAACAUUCCAGUGGGAGAGAGUAAGAAAAGUUCGGCGAAAGAUUUUCUAGAACAAACUCGAGAAGUUCUCGAUAGAACGAGAGAAAUAGCCAAUCAUUCGAGGGAAAUACUCGAGAGGACGGGCACGAGUACGACGACGAUGAUGACGACGGCGGCGGCGGCGGACGGAAGCGAAACGUCAAAGGGUAGAACGGGAGAAGAAACGUGCGAAACAAACGCCAAAUUGACGAUGGUCAAAUACGUCGUGGGCGGUUACAACGAUUUAGGUAUGAAUUGCGAAAGCGGAAACGUUGGUUUCAGCGAAAAAUCAAGCGAUUCCGGCGUGAGUUCCAGCAGCAUGUCGAGCGCGAAUUUCAAAGAUAAAAAACUCGGUCACGUGGGAAAUUCGAGUCCGAAAUGUUCGAGACUCGAAUCUUCUUCACCCAAAAAAAUGGAUAGAGGGAAAAUUUUUUCACCAUCGAUUUCCGUUUUAUCAGACGCCGGCGGCGGCGGCAGCGGCAGCGGCGGAAGCGGUAACAAAAACGAAUCUUUGAAUCCGUUCGUUAAAAAUUCUAAAUGUCGAUCGGUCGAAAGUUCGAGAUCGAACGAUAGAUCGGACUCGAAAUCAAAUCAAGAAAUGGGAAGUCCUAAAAAUUUCAAAACGUCCUCCUUUACGACCGCGAGAUCUCUUUUAAUACAACAGAAAAAAACGUGA